CUUUGCUAAGCACAGAUUCUCCCCUUGGGACAUUUGCCUGCUUUUGCAAAAUGAUGACAAUUUCUUUGAUCUGGGGGAUUGCUGUGGUAGUGAGCUGUUGUGUAUGGUUUAUCACUGGAAUAAGGAGAAGGAAAGUAGGCGAGCCUCCUUUGGAGAACGGCUUGAUUCCGUACCUGGGCUGUGCUCUGAAAUUUGGGUCCAAUCCUCUUGAGUUCUUAAGAGCAAAUCAAAGGAAGCAUGGUCACGUUUUUACCUGCAGACUAAUGGGGAAAUAUGUUCACUUCAUCACAAACUCCCUGUCAUACCAUAAAGUCUUAUGCCAUGGAAAAUAUUUUGACUGGAAAAAAUUUCAUUACACUACUUCUGCAAAGGCAUUUGGACACAGAAGCAUUGACCCAAAUGAUGGAAAUACCACGGAAAACAUAAACAACACUUUUACCAAAACCCUCCAGGGAGAUGCUCUGUGUUCACUCUCUGAAGCCAUGAUGCAAAACCUCCAGUCUGUCAUGAGAUCUCCUAGCCUUCCUAAGUCAAAGAGCACUGCCUGGGUCACUGAAGGGAUGUAUGCCUUCUGCUACCGAGUGAUGUUUGAAGCUGGCUAUCUAACACUGUUUGGUAGAGAUCUUUCAAAGACAGACACACAAAGAGCGUUUAUUCUCAACAACCUUGACAACUUCAAACAAUUUGACCAAGUCUUUCCGGCGCUGGUGGCAGGCCUCCCUAUUCACUUGUUCAAGACUGCACAUAAAGCCCGGGAAAAGCUGGCUGAGAGCUUGAAGCAUGAGAACCUGUGUGUGAGAGAUAGGGUCUCUGAACUGAUCCGUUUACGAAUGUUUCUCAACGACACGCUCUCCACCUUUGAUGACAUGGAGAAGGCCAAGACUCACCUCGCUAUUCUCUGGGCAUCUCAAGCAAACACCAUUCCUGCAACCUUCUGGAGCUUAUUUCAAAUGAUCAGGAGUCCCGAAGCAAUGAAAGCAGCUUCUGAAGAAGUGAAUAGAGCAUUACAGAGUGCUGGCCAGGAGCUCAGCUCUGGAGGGAAUGCCAUUUGCUUGGAUCAAGUGCAACUGAAUGACCUGCCGGUACUAGAUAGCAUCAUCAAAGAGGCUCUGAGGCUUUCCAGUGCAUCCUUGAAUAUCCGGACAGCUAAGGAGGAUUUCACUCUACACCUUGAGGAUGGGUCCUAUAACAUUCGAAAAGAUGACAUCAUAGCUCUUUAUCCACAGUUAAUGCACUUGGAUCCUGAAAUCUAUCCAGAUCCUUUGACUUUUAAAUAUGAUCGGUACCUUGAUGAAAGUGGGAAAGCAAAGACCACCUUCUAUAGAAAUGGAAACAAGCUGAAAUAUUUCUACAUGCCCUUUGGAUCAGGAGCUACAAUGUGUCCUGGAAGACUAUUUGCUGUCCAAGAAAUCAAGCAAUUUUUGAUUCUGAUGCUCUCCUACUUUGAACUGGAGCUUGUGGAGAGCCAUGUCAAGUGUCCCCCUCUAGACCAGUCCCGGGCAGGCUUGGGAAUUUUGCCACCACUAAAUGAUAUUGAGUUUAAAUAUAAACUGAAACACUGAUAUGUGCUUGGAAGAAGAGGACAUUGGAUGAUGUUACUUGGCUACUGAGAGUCAUCACUAAACAGGCCUUUGGGACAAAUGCUCACUGAUGCUGCAUUAGUGAGAAAAACUCUGUUUCUCAAUGCUCAUGUUCCUGGGGCAUAUAGCUGGUCAUAUGGCUGGGGCCUGAGUUUCAACACUUUCAGAAGCAAUGUCUUUUGUUUCUAUUUUCAAAAUGGAGAUAUUUCAAUUGGCAGGAUUUUUUCCUAAGGAAAUUGUUUUUAUAUUUUUAUGAAAACUACCGAUUAAUUAUGAAAAGGCUUCAAAUUCACGUUUUAGUGAAAUUAUUAAUUUUUCACUAGUGAGGUUCUUCAGGUGUGAGUAUAUAUUAUAAAAAAAUGCUUUAACAAAUCAUAUUAUGCUUUGCAUAAAGGUAUAGGAAAUUAUUGUUCAGCUUUUUCUUUGCCUGGUGGUGAGAGCUUUGAAAAUGAUCCUACUGUUCUGGAAACACUAGGGAAGUUCAGACAUGCUCUCAUUAUAUUUUAAUUUAUUGUUGCUGGAAAUUUUCAUUUUAGUUUUCAAUUUCCUUAUCUUUUCCUCUUUUUGACAUGCAUGCUAACGAGUAUUGUAUUUUUCAGAAAUUAAAAAGGUACCUCCCAGAACCCCACCCAGAGACUUUUAAGCCUUUAAUCCCAGCACUCAUGAGGAAGAGCCAGGCAGAUUUCUAUGAGUCCAAGGUUAUUCUGGUUUACGUCAGCUCCAGACAAGCCAGGACUACAGAAUGAGACCUUGUCUAAAAAAAAUAAAACAACAGUCAAUUUUUAUGUCAUAAUUGAUUAUGAAUCAACAUAAAAGAUAAAUUUAAAAUCAGGACUCAGAAAAUGACCAAUUUAAAAAAUAUAGCUAUGAAGUAUGUGGUAUUCAUUAAGUAUAAGUUGACAUUAGAUGUUCUUUAAAAAAUGUUUGAUAUUUUAUCUCUAAAUGCCUUGUAGAUAAAGAACAAUAAUGAAAAGCUGAAUAAUAGUAUUUAAAUACUGAGUACAAUAGUGCUUUGGUAAUGUACUUUAAGGAGAGUUAUUAGCUGUGUCAUUUUUACUAAAAAUAUAUUUAUAUGUAAAUUAUAUUUAUCUUUUUUCUUAUACUAUAAAUAUGAAAAAUAUUGUAACAUUUAGUAAUUUUUAAAUCAUACACAUUUCAUAAAUUAACAUAUGAAUGUUCGUGUUUUAAACUUUAAACAGAACAUUUAAAUUAUUCAUCCGCUGAUAAGCUUCAAUAAUUUUUAUCUUAUUUAUUUAAAAUAUUCAUAUCUUCAAGAAAUCCAAAAAUUUCCAAAGUAAUCACUCACUCAAAUGUCUCCUUAAGAUUACAGAAAAUUCAAUAACAUCUUUUUGUCUAUGGGGACUGAAGCAGGGUCAAGUGGAUGCUGGGCAGGUGCUCCAACAGGGAGCUGUAUCCACAAGACUCCUUAAACGUUUAAAAUCUUACCACUAAAUAUUGGCAUGGAGUUAUUACCUAAGUAGGAUAUGCUUGGUUUUUUUUUUCCUUUGUCAGAUCCCCAUAGCAACCCAGGCUGGAUGGAAUGCUCCACAUAACUUAAGCAAGCUUUGAACCCUUUGCGCUUCUUGUUUUUCUUUGUUUUAGGAAGUAAUUUUCCAUAUCAAGAAAAUGUAAUUGUUCAGAUGCGGUAUGAGAGUAACACAAUUCGGUUAUAUACUAAUCUGUACUAAACUAAAUUUGUUUUUAAAACAAGUUUUAUGAAUCUCUGUAUUGAAUGUAUCCAUAUACCUUUCCAUGGCCUUUUAAAAGCUUAUUUUUCAUACACAGAACGAUGGGUUUCAUGGUGGUGCUUUCUUUUCAUGUCUUUAUUCUUGUGCAGUGAUGUUUGGCAAAUGAUAGCCCAUGGACCAAGGAUACUCUUCCUGUUUCUGUGCAGACCAAGUGUUAAGAAUAAAUUUUACAUUUUAAAUGCUUAGGAGGAAGAAAGAAAACAUGACUAUUUUGUGUCAUAUGUGAAGUAUAUGAAAUACAGACUGCCAAACCCAUGAGUAAAAUUUUUAUUGGGACACCAGA